AUAUUUAGAAGCGUGUUUUUGCCAGCGUAGUCAAUGAUUCAAUCCGUACUCGUCCAGCGCUGCAUCCUGACCGCUCGUUUGGUGCCUCGAGAUCGACGGUGGAGGAGAUCAUCGGCUUCGGAGUUCUCCGGAGCGCUAAUGGCGAUGGCGCGGAUGGGGAGCCGCAGUGGUGAUGACGAUCACGAGCACUCCAAGGAUCUCGGUUCCAACCCAAAGAUCGUCAAUCUCCGGCUAUUGAUCGGCGCCGAUGGUUGGGAAAAAUGCUGGGAGGAAGGAUUGACUCCAUGGGAUUUGGGGCAGCCAACACCUAUUUUUACUCAUCUCCUUCAGACUGGAAACCUUCCUAAAGGCAGGGUUUUCAUCCCUGGAUGUGGCAGUGGCUAUGAUGUGGUGGCUAUUGCUGGUCCAGAACGUUAUGUUGUUGGUUUGGAUAUAUCACAUUCUGCGAUUAAGAAAGCUGAAAAGUUGUCUUCCUCUUUGCCAAAUGCAAGCUAUUGUACCUUUGUGGCAGCUGAUUUCUUCACUUAUCAACCAUCUGAGCUCUUUGAUCUAAUCAUUGACUACACUUUCUUUUGUGCACUUGAUCCUUCCAUGAGGCCUGAUUGGGCAAAGAAAAUCGGGGAUGUUUUGAAAUCUGAUGGGGAGCUUUUGACGCUUAUGUUUCCGAUUGGUGAUGAAGCAGGAGGACCACCAUAUAGUGUCUCUGUGCCUGCAUACGAGAAGGUGUUGAAUCCAAUUGGUUUCAAGCUCAUCUCAGUUGUAGACAAUGAGCUUGCGAUCGAGCCCCGUAAGGGAAGGGAAAAGCUUGGGAGAUGGAAGAAAGUGCACAGCAAGUCAUCUCUUUGAGUAUGAAAUUCUCAUUUAGUUCAUAUCUUGAGAAUUAUUUAUCAAUUGGUAAGGUUAUUGGUUUACUAAUUCAAUGUCAUAUACUGAUGCCUAAUUAAACAAAUAUUUAUCAUUAGA